AUGGCGAAAUCUCCAGAGGAAGAACACCCUAAGAAGGCCAUUGGAUGGGCUGCAAGGGAUUCAUCCGGUGUUUUAUCUCCCUUCAAAUUCUCAAGAAGAGCAACUGGAGAAAAAGACGUGACAUUCAAAGUAUUAUAUUGUGGGAUAUGCCACACCGACCUUCACACGUCAAAGAAUGACUGGGGAAGUUCUAAAUAUCCUUUGGUUCCCGGGCAUGAGAUUGUCGGUGUAGUGACAGAGGUAGGGAGCAAGGUACAAAAAUUUAAAGUUGGAGACAAAGUCGGUGUUGGAUGCAUGGUGGGUUCUUGCGGAUCAUGUGACAAUUGUUCCCACAACCUUGAGAAUUACUGCCCCAAAUAUAUACUAACCUAUGGUGGGAAGUACCACGAUGGAACCAUCACAUAUGGGGGCUACUCUGACUUCAUGGUCACGGGGGAGGGCUUCGUAAUUCAUAUUCCCGACAACAUUCCCCUUGACGGGGCUGCCCCUCUCCUUUGUGCCGGGAUCACAACUUACAGCCCCUUGAGACAUUAUGGACUCGACAAACCCGGCAUGCAUGUGGGGGUGGUUGGCCUUGGUGGUCUAGGCCACGUGGCCGUCAAGUUUGCCAAGGCUUUGGGGGUUAGGGUUACAGUGAUAAGUACCUCCCCUAAUAAGAAGGAGGAAGCUAUUAAAAGUCUCAAAGCUGAUGCCUUUUUGGUCAGCCGUGAACAAGAUCAAAUGAAGGCUGCCAUGGGCACAAUGGAUGGUAUCAUUGACACGGUUUCUGCCGUCCACCCUCUGUUGCCUUUAAUUGGUUUGUUGAAGUGUGAUGGGAAACUUGUUAUGGUUGGUCUACCAGAGAAGCCUUUUGAGCUUCCAAUUACUCCAUUGGUCUUGGGAAGGAAGAUAAUUGCUGGCAGUUGCAUUGGAGGUAUUAAGGAGACACAAGAGAUGAUCGACUUUGCAGCUAAACACAACAUAACAUCUGACAUUGAAGUUAUCCCAAUUGAUUAUUUGAAUACCGCCAUGGAACGUCUUCUCAAAGCUGAUGUUAGAUAUCGACUUGUCAUCGACAUUGCAAACACAUUGAAGGCUGCCUAAUAACUUUUGCAUGUUCCUAGAGACUUAGUCAAUUGAGGAUUAGAAUAAACGUUGUAUUUCGA